CGGAUUCGUCGGAGUUGUGGGUCGUACACAUCACCACCGGAUCAUUAAGGUAAGAGAGGAGAGAGAAAAAAAAAGAGAAGUGGAAGGAGAGACGGGCAUUCGCUGUCUUGGCCCUGAGCUGCUUUUGUGAUUUUCUUCUCCCCUCCCUCUCCCCCGAAGGCCCCAACCCGGUUUCUAUUCCUCUCGACCGUUUCGAGGAAUCAGAAAGAGAAAAGAUAGAAGUGAGAGAGAGAAAACCUAAAUUUAAUUUUCUCCGGAGGUCUUCGGGUUUCGAAUUAUCGGGAUUUCGAUUUGUUCUCGGGCAAUCGGUAAUCCAGGAGAGGGUUUCAUUGCCCUUUAUUGAUGAUCUCGUGGGCUUGAAUCGGCGAAGGUGGGGCUGAAUUGUGCGGUUAUUCGAUAUGUGGAUGGGACAAAGAAGAAAUGCUAAUCUUGCAGAAUCGUAGCUCCGAUCUCUGGAACGUGGAAGGCAGCAGCACCGAAGGCCGGACGUAAUGGAGGUCGAUUCGUCGAUGAUGCCGGAGUCCGAUCAAGAUCAUGGGCAGAAUCACGACCCUGGAGCGAUCUCGUCUAUGGACAGUAGCAGGCAUGGAGAGCAGCUCGGUGGAGGAGAGCAAUCUGCGUCUUCGGUGACUCCAACGUCGCAGCCGCAGCAGGCUCAGGUACAGCAGCCGCAAGCUCAGCCCCAGCAGCAGCCGCCUCAGGUGCAGCAAGCUCCGGUCGCCGGGCCGAGGCCGGCGCCCACGUACUCUGUCGUUGAAGCGAACAUAGAGAAGAAAGAGGAUGGGCCGGGGCCUAGAUGCGGUCACACGUUGACCGCGGUUGCUGCCGUUGGGGAAGAAGGGACGGCUGGAUAUAUCGGCCCUCGACUUAUCUUGUUUGGUGGUGCCACUGCUCUAGAAGGCAACUCUGCGGCUUCUGGUCCACCGUCGUCUGCCGGAAGUGCUGGCAUCCGACUAGCAGGUGCCACUGCUGAUGUUCACUGUUAUGAUGUUAAUUCAAAUAAAUGGUCUAGGCUUACUCCUCUUGGAGAACCACCCUCGCCGAGGGCAGCACAUGUGGCAACUGCUGUGGGUACAAUGGUAGUUAUUCAGGGAGGAAUUGGUCCUGCUGGGCUGUCUGCAGAGGAUCUGCAUGUUCUAGACCUUACACAACAACGACCAAGAUGGCACAGGGUUGUCGUCCAAGGCCCUGGUCCAGGGCCACGUUAUGGUCAUGUGAUGGCUCUUGUUGGGCAAAGGUUUCUUUUGGCAAUUGGUGGAAAUGAUGGGAAGCGACCUUUAGCUGAUGUAUGGGCCCUAGACACUGCUGCGAAGCCUUAUGAAUGGCGCAAAUUGGAGCCAGAAGGGGAAGGUCCACCUCCAUGCAUGUAUGCAACAGCAAGUGCACGUUCCGAUGGUCUUCUUCUGCUUUGUGGAGGGAGGGAUGCAAACAGUGUGCCGCUGGCUCAGGCAUAUGGUCUUGCCAAACAUAGGGAUGGUCGUUGGGAAUGGGCCAUAGCACCUGGUGUCUCUCCAUCACCAAGAUAUCAACAUGCAGCGGUUUUCGUAAAUGCACGACUUCAUGUAUCCGGAGGGGCACUUGGUGGUGGCCGCAUGGUAGAAGAUUCAUCAAGUGUAGCAGUGCUGGAUACUGCAGCUGGAGUCUGGUGUGACACAAAAUCUGUUGUUACUAGUCCCAGGACGGGUAGAUAUAGUGCUGAUGCAGCUGGAGGAGAUGCUGCAGUUGAAUUGACUAGGCGUUGUAGGCAUGCAGCAGCUGCUGUUGGUGACUUGAUUUAUAUUUAUGGAGGUCUACGUGGUGGAGUGUUGCUGGAUGACUUGCUUGUUGCUGAAGAUCUGGCUGCUGCUGAAACGACAAGUGCAGCUUCACAUGCAGCAGCAGCAGCUGCUGCAACCAAUAUACAAGCGGGAAGAUUACCUGGGAGGUACUUUGAUGAUAGAACUAGGCAAACAAUUCCUGAAGCAGUUCCUGACGGUGCAGUUGUUCUUGGAAGCCCUGUUGCUCCUCCUGCAAAUGGGGACAUGUAUACAGAUUUAAGCACCGAAAAUGCCAUGCUUCAGGGACCCAGGAGACUGAGCAAAGAUGUUGACUACUUGGUCAAAGCCUCGGCAGCAGAAGCUGAAGCUAUUAGUGCUGCAUUAGCUGCUGCAAAAGCACGCCAAGUUAAUGGAGAAGUUGAGCAAAUGCCAGAGAGGGAUCGUGGGGCAGAAGCAACUCCGAGUGGGAAACAGAUAUCCACCCUGAUAAAAACGCCCGAUUCUUCUUUGUCAAAUAACAACCCUCCUGGCGUUCGGCUGCAUCAUAGAGCUGUAGUGGUAGCUGCAGAGACUGGUGGAGCUUUAGGUGGUAUGGUCAGACAACUUUCAAUUGAUCAGUUUGAAAACGAAGGCAGGCGGGUGAGCUAUGGUACUCCAGAGAGUGCAACUGCAGCUAGGAAAUUAUUAGAUCGGCAAAUGUCUAUCAAUAGUGUCCCGAAGAAGGUGAUAGAACAUCUUCUGAAGCCUCGUGGUUGGAAGCCUCCUGUCCGUAGGCAAUUUUUCUUAGAUUGCAAUGAGAUAGCAGAUCUUUGUGAUAGUGCAGAACGAAUUUUUGCAAAUGAACCUAGUGUGCUGCAAAUAAAGGCUCCUGUCAAGAUUUUUGGUGAUUUACAUGGACAAUUUGGGGAUUUAAUGCGCCUUUUUGAUGAAUAUGGUGCUCCUUCAACUGCAGGAGACAUAGCUUAUAUUGACUAUCUAUUUUUGGGAGAUUAUGUUGACCGGGGUCAACAUAGCUUGGAAACCAUAACUCUUCUCCUUGCAUUGAAGGUUGAGCAUCCUCAUCAAGUACAUUUAAUUCGUGGGAAUCAUGAGGCAGCAGAUAUCAAUGCUCUCUUUGGUUUCCGGAUUGAGUGCAUUGAGCGGAUGGGUGAACGGGAUGGAAUUUGGGCUUGGCAUCGCAUAAACCGAUUAUUUAAUUGGCUACCUCUGGCAGCCCUAAUUGAAAAGAAAAUUAUUUGCAUGCAUGGUGGCAUUGGUCGGUCAAUAAAUCAUAUAGAACAGAUUGAGAACCUUCAACGCCCAAUCACAAUGGAAACAGGCUCGGUUGUUCUUAUGGAUCUACUAUGGUCAGAUCCAACUGAAAAUGAUAGUGUUGAAGGAUUAAGGCCUAAUGCUAGGGGUCCAGGCUUGGUUACUUUUGGACCUGAUCGCGUGAUGGAGUUUUGCAACAACAAUGACCUCCAGUUGAUUGUGCGCGCACAUGAAUGUGUGAUGGAUGGCUUCGAGCGCUUUGCCCAAGGACAUUUGAUAACUCUCUUCUCAGCUACCAAUUAUUGUGGUACUGCAAAUAAUGCAGGGGCGAUCUUAGUUUUAGGAAGAGACCUUGUGGUAGUGCCAAAACUCAUUCACCCACUACCACCAGCAGUUGCAUCACCACAGACAUCACCCGAACACCAUAUAGAAGAUACAUGGAUGCAGGAGCUUAAUGCAAACAGACCACCAACACCAACCAGAGGCCGCCCUCAAGUUGCAAAUGAUCGGGGUUCUCUUGCCUGGAUUUAGAAUUUCCUUCAAGAUUUUUUUGUAUUCUUUUAAGGGCUUAGAUGGCCUAAGGCUUAUGACAUUGGCUGGGUUUGUCUUGCACAAAGCAUUGGCAGUUUAAACAGGAAUCCUCAACCAUGCAAUAUUGUCCGUCCCUGAUUCACAAUUGAAGAUUUUCAUGAGAACCCGUUGGUUUCUUCAACUUGAGAGAAUGCAGAUCGGGGUUGAUCAAGACUAUGACUUGGAAAGAGAACCUGGGUUGCAGAUGGUGGGAUUGGUUUGUUUAGCGAUUCCAGUCAAAGAACUUCAACUGCUGCGGGCGUUCCUCCAUAGGUUGUUGCCUCUUGUAUAUUGAGCCACAUUCAUUUUUGUGUUAUUGUCCUUUCUAUAUUUGGCCCGUUUUUUUCCACCAGUAGACAUCAGAUCUCAAGAUAUGUAUGAACUCAUGGCGUCCAUGUAUCAUAGCGGGUGUUGUCAGGUGCAGUUAUGGUGCCUUGUAAUUUCCUUUGUGCUGUUUGUAGAAUGUAACUUUGUGUGAAGAAAAGUGGCUUCGUUUUAUGUUUUCUUUCGUCCAAGAGAUUUUGAUGGACACUAGCCUGGGCUCCUGGGUGAAAGGGAUGUUUUGAUUUGGGCUGAGAGAGAUAAGAGUUGUCCUGGUGAUUUCAGCUGUUUUUUAUCAGUAUUUGCAAGUUUUUGGAAUGUAAAAACGGCAACUGCUCUGGUUAAUUGUAUAGGAGUAGGACUGUAGGACAUGAGACGCGUGACUCUUAGUCCUUUGUAUAUGGGAUCAGUAGAGUCAACCAAAUGAAUGAAACCUAUUGAGAGUUAUGGUUA